AUGGGCGAGCACAAUCUCCUUAAUCCCGGGUUUGUUGGACAAUUGGAUAACAUUCAUACUAGAGAUGCGUGUUAUCUCUCCAAUUUCCGUGCGUCGGAUGAAUCGCUAGGGAUAGAAACCUCAAGAAGACACAAUGUCUGCUCUUUGUCUUGGAACACAUCGGAACCAUGUACUGGAUACCCACAAUCUUAUGUUUCCCUAAACUGCACAUACACUCAAUCAUGCGACAUUCCUCGACAGGAAGAACACAGAUGUUGUUAUAGUGAGAGUGCGUGCGCCACCAGCGGUGCUGGUGACAAUAACAAUACCAGUCUUAAACUGGACAACUCAUCAGUGUCAGGACUGAAGAAUCUGAACGGAAUGGACAACGGAGGAAGUUACUCCAAAUAUGACUACUUAACAACUGCCGAACAUUUAACCCUAAAUCCUCCAUCGUGUCGGUCCCUUGAAUCCGAUUCUGGUUCUUCACUCGUUAUGGAAGGGUCCAAGACCCCACCGGGCAUCACGAGUCCACUGACAUCCCCUGACAUCCACACUGCCACACACGGAGGUGCGCUGUGGUUCCCAAUUCACACACACACCCGAAAGAAGCGUAAACCCUAUUCAAAGCUUCAGCUGAAUGAAUUAGAGGGUGAGUUUAUCCUCAAUGAGUUCAUCACUCGACAGCGGAGGAGGGAACUGUCGGACCAGCUCAAUCUCACGGACCAACAGGUCAAAAUCUGGUUCCAGAACCGUCGCAUGAAGAAGAAAAGGCUCUUGAUGCGGGAACAGGCACUGUCUUACUUUUAGAGCGAGGCGGCUGAGAUC